GACAGGCUGCUCCAUCGACUGACCAUCAUUAUCAGCACUUUUAGUACUGGGGGACGGGGUGAAGAGGUUGAGGGGCACGCAGAACUGCCCAACCCCAAUGCACUCUGGAGCGACCCUAAAUGAGGGCCGGAAGGAAGAUUCUCCACAGGCGCCUUCUGGGUGGACGUGCCCCAGACGCACUCCCGGACUCCGUGGUCCCGCGGAAGCUGCAGUGUUGGGGAUAUUUUAAAUGGCUCUUACUUGAGAGGAGGCGUGAUUUCCACGUUCGAGCGUCUUCGCUCCCCACCCCCUCUCCGCAACAGCCAGUGCGCGCCACCACCUGAGCCUGGCAAGAGCCGGGGCGCACGCAGUCUUCAGCCUCCUCCUUUCCGCCUCUGGGGGGACUCGGCUCUAAGCGGGGUCCGCCCGACGCCCCCUGGGAGAACUCUUUACUUUUUGUUUGGAAAAUCGGGGCCAUUUCUUUAUUCAUCUCUGGGCCUCCCCGGAGGAGGACAGGGGAAGGGAGGGCGUGAGCGGCGGGCCGGGGGAGGGGAGCGCGGGGAGGGGAGGGGACUGGGUGUAGCCUGGAAUUCUUCGUCCUCGUGUUCCUAGGCUGGCGCGCAGUGUCUCCCCGCGAAAGCGCCGCCACCUCUCCCCGCGCCACCCCGUCGUUGGCCUUGGGGGUCGGGAUGCUGCGGCAGGUUCUGCACAGGGGCUUGAGGACGUGUUUCUCCCGGCUCGGCCACUUCAUUGCCAGUCACCCAGUCUUCUUCGCCUCGGCGCCCGUGCUCAUCUCCAUCCUGCUCGGCGCCAGCUUCAGCCGCUACCAGGUCGAGGAGAGCGUGGAGCACCUGCUGGCGCCUCAGCACAGCCUCGCCAAGAUCGAGCGCAACCUCGUCGACAGCCUCUUCCCGGUCAACCGCUCCAAGCACCGGCUCUACUCGGACCUGCAGACCCCCGGGCGCUACGGCCGGGUCAUCGUCACCUCCUUCCAGAAAGCCAACAUGCUGGACCAGCAUCACACUGACCUGAUCUUAAAGUUGCAUGCUGCUGUGACCAGGAUCCAGGUUCCGAGGCCUGGUUUCAAUUACACAUUUGCCCACAUAUGUAUCCUGAAUAACGAUAAGACUUGCAUCGUGGAUGACAUCGUGCAUGUUCUGGAGGAGCUAAAGAAUGCUCGGGCCACCAACCGGACCAAUUUUGCUAUCACGUACCCGAUCACUCACUUAAAGGACGGGAGGGCAGUGUACAAUGGGCACCAGCUUGGAGGCGUCACCGUGCACAGCAAGGACCGGGUGAAAUCCGCAGAGGCUGUCCAGCUCACCUACUACCUGCAGUCAAUCAACAGUCUCAAUGACAUGGUGGCCGAGAGAUGGGAGUCGAGCUUCUGCGACACUGUCCGACUGUUCCAGAAAUCCAACAGCAAAGUCAAAAUGUACCCUUAUACGUCCUCCUCCCUGAGGGAAGAUUUCCAGAAGACCAGCCGCGUGUCGGAACGUUACCUGGUCACCAGCCUGAUCCUGGUGGUCACCAUGGCCAUCCUCUGCUGCUCUAUGCAGGACUGCGUCCGCAGCAAACCCUGGCUGGGCCUGCUUGGGUUGGUGACCAUAAGCCUGGCCACUCUCACUGCGGCUGGGAUCAUCAAUCUCACUGGUGGGAAAUACAAUUCCACCUUCCUGGGAGUCCCUUUCGUCAUGCUAGGUCAUGGAUUAUAUGGGACUUUUGAAAUGUUAUCCUCCUGGAGGAAAACUAGAGAAGACCAACAUGUUAAAGAGAGAACUGCAGCAGUCUAUGCAGACUCCAUGCUCUCCUUUUCUCUCACCACUGCCAUGUACCUGGUCACCUUUGGCAUAGGGGCCAGCCCUUUCACGAACAUUGAGGCAGCCAGGAUUUUCUGCUGCAAUUCCUGUAUUGCAAUCUUCUUCAACUACCUCUAUGUACUCUCGUUUUAUGGUUCCAGCCUGGUAUUCACUGGCUACAUAGAAAACAAUUACCAGCAUAGUAUCUUCUGUAGAAAAGUCCCAAAGCCCGAGGCAUUGCAGGAGAAGCCGGCAUGGUACAGGUUUCUCCUGACGGCCAGGUUCAGCGAGGACACCACCGACGGGGAGGAGGCGAACACUUACGAGAGUCACCUAUUGGUAUGUUUCCUCAAACGCUAUUACUGUGACUGGAUAACCAACACCUAUGUCAAGCCUUUUGUAGUUCUCUUUUACCUUAUUUAUAUUUCCUUUGCCUUAAUGGGCUAUCUGCAGGUCAGUGAAGGGUCAGACCUUAGUAACAUCGUAGCGACAGCGACACAAACUAUUGAGUACACUACUGCCCAGCAAAAGUACUUUAGCAACUAUAGUCCGGUGAUUGGGUUUUAUAUCUAUGAGUCCAUAGAAUACUGGAACACUAGUGUCCAAGAAGACGUGCUAGAAUACACCAAGGGGUUUGUGCGGAUAUCCUGGUUUGAGAGCUAUUUAAAUUACCUUCGGAAACUCAAUGUGUCCACUGGCUUGCCUAAGAAAAAUUUCACAGACAUGUUGAGGAAUUCCUUCCUGAAAGCCCCCCAAUUUUCGCAUUUUCAAGAGGACAUCAUCUUCUCUAAAAAGUACAAUGAUGAGGUCGAUGUAGUGGCCUCCAGAAUGUUUUUGGUGGCCAAGACCAUGGAAACGAACAGAGAAGAACUCUAUGAUCUCCUGGAGACCCUGAGGAGACUUUCUGUCACCUCCAAGGUGAAGUUCAUUGUCUUCAACCCAUCCUUCGUGUACAUGGACCGAUACGCCUCCUCUCUGGGAGCCCCCCUGCACAACUCCUGCAUCAGUGCUUUGUUCCUGCUCUUCUUCUCGGCAUUCCUGGUGGCGGAUUCUCUGAUCAAUGUCUGGCUUACUCUAACGGUUGUGUCCGUAGAGUUUGGAGUUAUUGGUUUCAUGACAUUAUGGAAAGUAGAACUAGACUGCAUUUCUGUGCUCUGCUUAAUUUAUGGAAUUAACUACACAAUUGACAAUUGUGCUCCACUGUUAUCCACAUUUGUUCUGGGCAAGGACUUCACCAGAACUAAAUGGGUAAAAAAUGCCCUGGAAGUGCACGGGGUAGCUAUUUUACAGAGUUACCUCUGCUACACUGUUGGUCUGAUUCCUCUCGCAGCUGUGCCUUCAAAUCUGACCUGUACACUGUUCAGGUGCUUGUUUUUAAUAGCAUUUGUCACCUUCUUUCACUGCUUUGCCAUUUUACCUGUGAUACUGACUUUCCUGCCACCCUCUAAGAAAAAAAGGAAAGAGAAGAAAAAUCCCGAAAACCGGGAGGAAAUUGAGUGUGUAGAAAUGGUGGAUAUUGACAGUACCCGAGUGGUUGACCAAAUUACAACAGUGUGAUAGCGUCUGUUGGUUAUAUUUUCACCCUAGGUCUUAUAAAAAGCAAAGAGAUUAUGUUCAUGAGACAAAUUUAAAGUUUUCCUUUCUCUUUUAAGGAUAAGGAACAGGCAUUGCCAAAAAAAAAAAAAGUAAAGGAUAAGGGCGGGAAUGGGCAUUGCAUAUUUUCAAUCAUCUUUAAAACAAAAGGUAAUCAGAAAGAAUUCACACACACACACACACAGAGAUGUAUAGUCUCUUAAACUAAGAUCAAAUAGAAGAAAGCUUAUUAGCAAGCAGAAUCCUAUUUUAUCCACACUGCAGAUGUUGCUGGUAUUGUGAUAAAAACCUACUGAUUGAAAGGUCAGCUGCCAAGGCAGAAAUAGCUUUAAGCAUUGUUCAGACAGUAAGGCUUCCAGAACUUCUGCAGAGCAGUAGCUCCAGGCAGGGUCUAUGUACAGUUUGAGGUUUCAACCAUCUCAUCUAGCUCCCCAACACCCCAAGGAGAGGCUUGUGAAAGUUCUGGCCAGUAAAAGCAAGCCAGAACCUCAGAAGCAGACACAUGGUGGAGUGGCCAUCACCCCUGGACUAAAACUAAGUCACCCCUAAAUUCACCCAGGUAAGGCAGUUUUUGCUGUCUAGAAUAAGUUUAUCAUAUCCCCUCAUCAAUACAGUUUUCACAUUUGUACAGUUGGGUUAAUAUACCUUUAAACCAAUGACAGCUCCAGAUUUGCAGAGUUGGGCAAUGCUAUUUUGGAGUAUCUUACUGCUUGUCACCAAAUGGAUCUGCUUUAUUAGUUACAGCUCUUGGCAGGAGGCUCUGAGUACCGAAAUCCACAGAGCUAAACCCAAAUACCUGGCACGAUGGAGGAAAAGCAGGUGUCUACUUGAACCCAGAGACAGUGUUUCCAUUUUAACAAAAAAAAUAGCCAGCUGGUACAGCGGUUUGUGGUUUGGCCCUAAAUGCAUUUUUUGCAUGGAUGCCCAGAAAGAAAAUCUGCCCAUGCCUAGCUGAGGGAAGAGAAAAGGACACUGAACUGGUUAUUUGCCGUAGCUUCCAACUUGUAGUGCCAGUCUGCCUUCGCCAGACAUGCCUGCUCAGAGACACAGAGGAGAAAAGAAAGUUCUUGGGUGGGCACAAGUCCUGAAACUGAGAAACUUUGUAAAAGGGCAGGCAGGGGGAUAAAAGGCAGAAAGGGUGAUAGAUGGAAUGACUGGAAGAUGGAAUCACCAAUACAAAUCAAUGAUGACAGUCAAACUUUCCUGCUAAGCUGACUGGACUCAUCUUCCUGCACCAACCCCCCCCCACCACCACCACACACACACACACACACACACACACACACACACACACACACACACACACACACACCUUUGUGAGUGCCCCUCUACUUCACUGCACGGCCCUUCUGCACGUCAAUGAGCCUUGAUAUUUAUACAGUUGACUUGCAGAAUCUGCAGGAUGUAAACAGAAAUGGUUGGAUCUGAAGAGGCUACGUAUAAUAUCCCAGACCCCUGCAUUUCUUGAAGGCUAUAAAAAUGAAGCUACAAGCUGGUCACAUUUGAGCACUUUUCCCUUUUAGAGAUGCAGCUUAUUUAGACAUCUGUAGUGGUAAGCAUUUCCCAAAAGCACCUUACCUUUCUGGACCUUAGCGGACGCACUGAGCAACUUUCCCAUCCUCUGCCGAGGAGGAAACUGAGACCUAGGAGAAUAAAGCGACUCACACAGGGUCCCACCACUGGAAGGUUUCCGCCAUUUUAGCAUGCCUAAGACAGGGCAGGCCAAUUUGAGACUUUCUCAUAAGAGGGCUAUUACUCCCUUCAAAGUACAUUUCCAAGGAAGGAACAUAGGACUUUAUUGGCCACAAAGCAGACUUUUUUUUUUAAUGUCUGAGUAACUGUUUGGGAUUUAGGUUUGCCAUUGUCUUUCCAAACAGUAAAUAUGCCCAAAUGAUUCAGAUGUAACCACACCAAGUGCAAAACUGUGCUUUCUCUUUCAUGUACUGUUGUUCACACAGUUCUAAAUACAUGUGCAGGGGAUCAUAGCUAGUGCAUUAUACACUUGUUCAAACUCUCCUGCAGACACACUAAGUGAUCAUACCAACGUGUUAUGCACUCAACUAGAAGAUAAUGAGCUUUAAUCUGAGGGCAAGUACAGUCCUCGAAAAAGGGCAAGUUCACAUAAUAGAUCUGCAAUCAAUUCUCUCUCCAAGGGGCCUGCGACUAGGCUACUAUUUAUAAAACACAGCUGAAGAGAGGAUUGGUUUUAUUCUUAAAUCAUAUGUUGCUAAAUCAUUUUCUGAACAGUGUGUUCUAAAUCAGCCAUUGAUUUAGUGUUGGCCAUGUGGUUUCAGUGACUCCACAAAACUGAUACAACACAAGUACCAAUUAAAUGGAUUUUGUUGAGAAUUUAAUCAUUCAAUUUGGUCAACCGGAAUGACUUACUGUGGAACUUUGUUUUAUGAGAGAUAGUAGUUUUCCAACUUGAUUGAGUCUCUGUAUUCCUUGGAAUAUUGUAUUUUUAAAUGAAGGGCAUUUUCAACCUUGUCAACUUCUCUUUUCAACACUUGAAAUCAAGGCUUAUGGAAUUCUGACUGUGGAAUGAAUUUUUUUUUUUACUGGGGGACUCUGCAUGCCAAGAUUUAUUACUUAUUAUUUAUUGUUAGAUCAUUAUUAUUUAUUUGUUAAUACAGAUUACUGAUUAUUGCACUGACAGCAUUGGUUUAGCCCGUUUAGCCACACCAUGGAGAAGACACUUUAGAAGUAACUCAGAAUCACAUCCCUAUAAAAUCUGUCUUUACUUCAUGAAGUUUUACUUUUUCAAUUGCUACACAGAGGGAAGGAAUGACCCUAGCAAACACUUGCAAAAUUUUUAUUUUUCAGUUAACUCCAACCAAGACAUUAAUGUUCACUUUACCAAAGAAACUUACUUGGUUGGUUUUGAGUUGGUGUUUGUUCUUUGUUUACCAAAGAAAACAUGCCAUUCAUCAAAAACAUUUCUCCUCAUCAACUUAAAAAAAGCAAAAACUGUAAUACUUGGGCUUUCUUGACCAUUCAUAAGGAAAAAAAAGAAAAGUCGGGGUAAGGGUGACUGUCUCUCAUUGAGUGAAACUCAGCAGAAGAUACAAAUUCACAAGUAAGAAAAUGAUGCUUGAAAUGGGGCAUUAUUGUUUAGUCCUACAGUAAUGGUCCAACAAGCAGCAGAAGGGCUCCUCAAGCUAAAAGCAGUAAGUACAUUUGUUCCACACACAAAAAAUAAAUAAAGAAAUGAGACAAACCCUCAUGAAACUCCCACUCCAUUGUUCCAGCUCAUAAGUUUUGGUUUGCUUUGGUGAUUUGGCUUUUGUUUUGCUAUGGUUUGGUUUUUUGGUGUGUGUUUGUGUUUGCUUCCUUUGCUCCCACCCUUCCCACCAUUGUUACCCCUUCAAUUUUCAGUCAAAAGUGAGAGAAUCCAAUGCCAUCCUCCAUAGCUACAACUAUUUAUGCAAUAUACUGCUCUAAACGAGGCCCUUGCUAACUCUCUUAUUUUAACUAACCACCACCCAGUUCUGAGCGGAAUUCUAGGAUAACACCACUUUCCUUCAGCCCCAGCAGUGGAGCUUGGCUGCAUCUAUCUCAAGAAUGGGUUGGGUCGGUUGGGCAGCCGCCUUGGGGGUGUGGAAUGAGGCAGAGACUAUUGGACACAAACGGUAUCCUCCUCAUAAUGGUUUUAUUCCUUUGGAUCCUAUUAAAGUAGCCCUGCAGCUUGUGGUAGUGUUUGACCUCUAUGAAUCUACGUUUUCUCAUCUGUAAAAUGGGGAUAAUGAUAGUAAUCAUCUUUAAAUUCAGCAAAUACUUACUGAGUGCCUAAUAUCACCCAGAGACUGUUCUAGCGUCUGGGGACAGCAGUGAACAAAUAAAAUAAAAAGCACCUGCCCUUGGAGAGCCUACACUUGAGUGACGCUGCAGAUAAGGAUUAAGUGAGAUGAGUUUUUUUGUUGUUAGCUGAGCCAUCCUGCCACCUGUUGGUAGCUCA